AUAUAUAACAUAUAACAUCUGAUGAACAUGUCUUGUUAAAUGCCUUUAAGCUUUUGAUAUUUACUCUAUUACCUGAGGGUCGUUUGACAUACAAUGAUUGAACAUAACUUAAAACUUCUAUACUAAAACUCACUAUUCUGUUAUUAAAAUCACCACAUAUGAAAUAAUUGAUACGAUUAAAGGAUGUGACAAUGAUCUGAUUAAUUGUUCCGUUAACUUGACCUGGUUGUAGAUGUGUUUCAGGAUUAUUGUGUGUUGGAAUGUAGAAUAAAUCAGGCAUUUUUUGUGUGUAAAUUCAUCAACAGUAUUAUAAAUGGAUGGUGGAGAAAGUCAACCCUUACCUACUUGGAAAACAUAUUUAUACACACUACAGCUACAAGCUCCUAAGCCAAAGGUUAUACCAUGCAAAAGGGAGGUACCUAACAAGCCACCAUUUUACCAAAAAGAAUACCAUGGUAACAUAAGUAGAGAAGAGGCUGACCGUCUGCUGUGUCAGGGUGAUGGUUCAUAUCUAGUCAGGAAAAGUGAAAGAGCACACGAUGCAUAUACUUUAGCUAUUAGUUUUGAAGGACAGACCAAAAACUUUAAAUUAUUUAAUGAUGGGCAGCAUUAUGUUGGAGAAAAACGUUUUGAUACAGUACAUGAUUUAGUAGCUGAUGGACUUAUUCACUUUUAUGUGGAAGCGAAAGCUUCAGACUAUAUAUCAAAACUUUCUAAUGAAUCAAAUUAUGCUGAGUCCCCAUAUCUGGCAUACACUGCCAAGAAAAAGCGACUUCACCUCUCAGACAAAAAUCGUAAAACUGUAGUACGACAUCCAGGUGACCAAGCUGAUGGGGAGAAAAGAAUAUCAAAUGGAUCUGCAACAAAUGGUGCUGUGGUCGAUGAUGACCUAGACACAGAAGAACUGGAUGCAAAUGUCCAUGAGUAUGAAAAGCCUCAUGUGUUUAAGACAACUAAUUUUAUUGGAUUGAACUGGUGUGAUUACUGUGCCAAUUUUAUGUGGGGAUUGAUAGCACAAGGUGUCAAAUGUCAAGAUUGUGGUUUUAGUGCUCACAAAAAAUGUUCAGAGAAAGUCCCGAAUGAUUGUAUGCCAGAUAUUAAAUUUGUAAAGAAUCUUUAUGGUGCUGAUUUGACGACAGCUGUAAAGUUACGCAAUACUCCCUUACCCAUUGUUGUUACAAAAUGUAUUAAAGAAAUAGAAAGUAGAGGUUUGGAUCAUGAAGGCUUAUACAGAAUAGCAGGUUUACAUGACGAAGUGGAAACUAUCAGAAUGGAGUUUGAUAGAGAUCUUGAAAAGACAGAUAUUAGUGAAGCCAAAUAUGAUGACAUCCACAGUUUAACCAGUGUACUAAAACUAUAUUUCCGUCUUUUACCCAUACCACUAGUUACUUUUGAUGCUUAUAAAAUUUUACUGGAUGCAAUAAAAUACAGUGAUUUGAGAAGUCAAGAUCAGUUGUCUAAAGUUAGAGAAGCUUUGUCUAAACUACCUCCUGCCCAUUAUCAAACUCUCCGAUAUUUAUUGGCACACCUUGUCAGAGUUACAGAGAAGAAACCAAAGAAUAUGAUGGGACCUGAUAAUCUAGCAAUAGUAUUUGCUCCAACUCUGAUGAGGAGUCCAGAAGCAGAUCCCUUUGUAAGUUUACUGUCAGCUGGCCAUGAACAAAGAUCAAUAGAAGUCAUGAUAUCAUGUUACAGAGACUUGUUUGGCAGAAUUAGUACACAGCAAAGUGUGAACGAACAAAGACUGGUAGAUCGUGUGUAGGACUUCAUACAGAUCACAACAUGGAACAUUUCAUGUGUAACAGUUUAUGGAAAACUAUGUUCAUACAGUUCACAACAUGGAACAUUUCAUGUGUAAUGGUUCAUGCAAUUCUGUUCAUACAGUUUACAACAUGGAACAUUUCAUGUGUAUCUGUUCAUGUAAAGGUUUAUGUAAUACUAUGUUCAUACAGUUCACAACAUGGACAUGUCAUGUGUAAUAGUUCAUGCAAUUCUGUUCAUACAGUUUACAACAAGGAACAUGUCAUGUGUAACAGUUCAUGUAACACUCUGUUCAUACAUUUUACAACAUGUGGGUCAUGUUAUGUUCAUACAAUUAUCUUUGUUCUUACUAAGUUUUGUAACAAGAUAUAUCUGAUCAUAUGACAUAGACAAUUGAUCAGUACCUAUUUAAAUGAACAAGGUCAAAGUGCCAUAUAUCAAUGAUUUAGAUUAUUUUACCACCUGAUUAGAAUGUAUAGUGAUUGUUGUAUCUGUUUGUCACCAUUUCUGUGUCCACAAUUUUUUUUCUUCAAUAGCUACUAACCAGAAUUAAGAUUUCAUUGGAAAUUCAUUGACAAUUUUAACUUAUUCAAAAGCGAAUGGUAAUUUGCAUCUCUUUAUAUUUAUCCAGUUACUGGUGGUAUGAUUUCUACAAUUUCCAUUUUGUAAACUUUGGUUAAAUGCCAUAAACAAUUAUAAGUUCUAGCUUUUUUCUAUCAUUGGUAUUUGAUGAUUUUUUCUUACAUAAGUUAUUUUUUCCUUCUUUUUGCUUCCAUACAUUAAAAGAGUAAUGCAUAAAGGACAAAGACAUUUUACGAACUAUGGACAACGAGAUUGUAAAAUAUAUUUUUUUGUAUCAAGUAUUUAAUGUAAAUUAAUUAGCAUUGACAAAUUUAAGUUACAUAUGACCUACAUUACAUGGAAAUUAAAAAAAAGAUAUACUUGACAGCAUUAUUUAUUGACCAGUAAUUGUUCACUCAUAUUUGCACAGUUUAUAUAAUCUUGUAUCAGCAUUUUCCUUUUUGUCUUCAGACCAUGUGAAAAACUUGACUGAAAAAAAAAGUUUUGUUUCAAUAGGAUAAGGGUUUUGUUAGGAAAGCUUUAAGUUCAAUCUGUUUUCAUGAUUCUCAUUCUUCACAUUAAAGACACCAUGAAGCCAAAUAUAAUGAUGAUUGCAUAAAGAUGUUAGACCACAUCACUACUUAUAAAGGAUUUCCUAUCAUUCCUUAUACAUUUCUUCCAAUUAUUUAAACAGGUUUAAUGCAUUUUUCAUGUGUGGAAUAUUUCUUCUAUCAGUAGAAUAAAGUAAAUUAUUGAUGGUUUAUAAUUAAAGCAGUUUAUAUCUUUAUUUAAACUAAAUGAAUGAGUAUUCUUUACGUUAUUAUCCCUUAAAAGAGAUUUAAUAAAUUAUAUUGUAAGGUCAGGUGAAUGCAUCAUGUAUAUUAUUAAUUAUAUAUUUAUAAUAAUCUUGUAACCAUGACAACAUGCAAGUGAAGCUGAAUCCUUUUAUAAACAGUUUGAUGCUGUUGAUUAUUAUAAACUUAAGCAGAAUUUCAACUUCCCUGUAAUUUGACCUUAAAUAUGAGAUAGUGAUUCUUAUUAUUUGAAACAAAUAUGCAUUUUCAUGCUACAAAACUGAAUAUAGAUUACAGACAAAUUAUUUUUCUUUUGAUAAUAUAUUGAUUGAAUAUUUUAUAAAAGGAAAAUGCAACAUGAUGAAAAUCACAUUAUUCUCUGAAAUUGAUAAUAUAGAUCAUUGAAAAGCUAUUAUCCUUACCCCAUGUUUCUUUUACUGUGUUAAAAAAAGUUAAAACAUUUCCAAAAAUCUCUUUUGACAGCACCCCUGUUUCUACUAUAUAACUAAAUCUCAUUACCAUGAAAAGUUGGAAUAAAUACAUUGCUAGGUCUAUUUUUCAUGCUAAAUUAGGAAGAAAAAAGACAUUUCUGUCUUGUUUUAAAUUGCAAAUAAAUGAAAAGCUUUUUAAUUUGCUUCAGUCAGUGAUACAAUUGUUAAGAUUUUUAUUUUAAAUGGCAGCUUUUCUCAGGGUUUUGUAGCAAUAGUUUGGUUUAGCAGAAUUGUCAAGAAGGAUUUCUGCUCAUUGAAGUAGUAGUCACAUUGUAUUAUUUGAUUUCAUAUUGCUUAAUUGAAUUUAUUUACAUUUGCUUAUAUUUUAUUUAAGUUCCAUAAAUAUGAAAAGCUUCAAGACUAGAAAUUAUAAAAUUAAGGUUUGAUUAAAUUUCUUAGAAGAUAACUUUUUACUUUUUGCAUAAUGUCAUCAGAAUUGGAACAAAAUCUGUAUUAUAAUAGUAUAAUGUGUUAACAGCAUAACAAGAUUUGUUAAAAUGGGUGUAUUAUUUCCCUUUAUUUAGCCACCCUCCUUUUCCCCCAUUAUUUAUUAGUUUAUUGUAGAUUUUCUAACUUUAGGCUUUAAAGUACAUAGUUAAAAUAAUAUUUCAUCAUGUUUUCCAUUUCAACUUUUAGUUUGUUAUUUUAAAACGUAACCCUUUGUGUCCCCCCUCCCCCAAAAAAAGUACUAAUACCCACAUGACUAAUAUCCAGUUUACUAGCAUUAUUUAUUUUAUGACUAAUAUAUCCAUUUAUAUAUAUAAAUAUCUUGGCCAUUUCUACUUACAUAUUUAAUAGAUUUUGAAGGAUGUUAUACUAUUGUUUUGUUUUCUUUUUUUCCAUAUCAAAGGUCUUGGAACAGGGCGUGGAGAAAGUAUUAUAGUUGGGUUUGGUCUCCACCAUUAUCAGUCCAAAAUCUUGAAAAGUUGUAAUUUAAUUGUAAGCUUCUUUAUGUUGAUUCCUUUCUUUUGUUAAGCCUGCUAUCUUUGUGCUCCUUUUCACAAAAGUCUUUAUCGACUAUAUUUAGCUUACUGAAUUUAAAUAGGGUUGCAAUUAGAUAUCAUGUUUAUAAAUUAUCCAUAAGGGGAUUUAAAUAAAAUCACAAUUAAAAAUUUUCAUACAUCAAUUUAGAAACUUUAGUCAAAAUUUCAUUAUAGUGAACAUUGCAAUAAAUGCUUCAGCAUGAAUAAAAGAUGAAAUUCUAAUUUGAUAGCAUUAUUUAUAUUCAGAAGUUACUGAAAUGGCAUUAACUUAUCUCAUAAUUUUAUAUUUCCUUCUAAUAUCCCAUUUAUAGAUGCAAACACAAUUUUCUUAAUAUACAAGACAAAACAUUAUACAUGAUAUUUCCAGCUACUAAAAUAAAGUAGCAGCUUCAUUCCAUUGGGAAUGUGUUAACAGUUUGAAAUUCAAUUUUACAAGGUCCUUAUAAAAAUCAACUAGUAUUGUAUAUAAUGAAUAGUGAAACAUAAUAUGGUAGGGAUUUGAGAAACAAAUAGAUAUAGGAAGAUGUGGUGUGUUCCAUUUAAUACUAUGAUCAUGAAAAAAUACAAAAAGCUUGUCUUGGAAUUUUGCUGGCACUAUUGACAAUUAUAUUUGUUAAGACACUUGUUGUAUUAUUUGUCACUGUCUGAUCCCAAGAUAAGUUAUGCUGUCAUUAUCAUUUAUGUCAAUUAUGAUUAAUAAAAAAGUUAAUGGUAGAAAACCAUUUUUUUAAAUGAUUUUUGUAUUUUAACUUGAAAGAUGGAAAUAAUCUGCUAGGAGUCUUUGUUUUAAAAGAAUUUUUGACAAAACUUAGACUGUGUAAAAGAAGAAGUUUAUAGAUAAACUUAGCUUUCAUUAUCUGAUAUAUAUGCAUAUGUUUUCAAUUAGUAGCAUGUAAAAGAUUUUCAUUUGUUAUUUUGAAGAAGAUAUAUUUAUCCUUGUAUGCUUUUUCGCCUUGUUGCUUUUUUUACUCUCUGACUAUAGACUAGUUAGUCUACAAUGAAAUUAGAUUGGAUAUGAUGAAAUUUGUUGAUUGUGUAGAGUAUCUCAAUUUUUUAAUGAAACAUGAGAGGGUCCAUUAUUCAUUGCAAUAUCCCUGUUCCUUAUAAAUGAAAAUUCAAAAAAUAAGUUGAGAAGAAAUAAAUCAGUUUUGGUUGAUUUUCACCAUUUGACUCUAGAAUAAACCCCAUGACAUAGGUAAUGUAAACAUCAAAAUGAAACUAAGGAAGUUUUUCAUGUUACAAUGAAUCUUUCCUAAAAUAUUUAAAUACAAUGUACAUGAAAAAUAUUUUUAGUGCACAUUUGACCUCUUUUCAACUCAUUAAUUAAGAAUCACAUACGUUUAUUAAAAUACUCUCAAGCACACAAAUAACGAUUUUGAACAGUUGACGCUUGAUCUGAAUUGAUUUAAUUUCCUGAACAAUGAAUAAGAUACUAGUAGUGACAUAUGAGUUUGCAUUUCCCUCUAGUAUCUUUGCCCCUCUUUUUUAGUCUUUCAACCCCAAAACCUGAACAAUAAAUUAGAUAUUAGUUUUCAUUUUCAGUCUUUCAGUUUAUUUUCAGACAUUUUCACUACAGUUUAUUAAGUACUAAAUAGACACCUAGUUGUAUGUCAAUUAGAUAUGUUGCCUACUUUUAGAAAUUAAUGUGGCUGUUGUUACCUCUGCUAACGGAUUCUACAUGUGCUGAUAUCUUGUUAUAUAACAUCUAAAUUGACUUGAAAUGAAAUGUCUAAGCAGUGUUUAGUAUUGUUCAUGCAAAAUGUCUGAAUAACAGAUGCAUUUAACACUGUAAUUUCAGGCAUUUCAGAUCAUGUUUAAAUCAAUAUGUCUUCUUCAGUCAAAGUUCAUUUUCCUUUGAAUGCUAAUAAUAGAUCUGUUAUUUUUGUCACCUGUUAAGUUUACUCACUUUAGGUUAUUUAUAUAUUUUUGUGUUGUUGACUAUUUUUUCUUUACUGGUGAAAACAACUUUUUUUUUAAGAUUGUUUAAGAUUGUUUUAUUAUUUCCUUUUAGAGAAAAACAGGAUUUGAGUAAAUGUCUUUCAUGCUGUGUAACAUUUAGAUUUUUUUUAGUUUACUGCUGUUAUGUAAACAUAUAUACUCUGCAAAUGCUACUUUAAAGGGCAUUUCAGUUUUUGGAAGUGAAUAUUCAUUUGAUAUUUACCACUCCAGUAAAAUCAAUAAAAAUCAGGUCAUGAACAAAGAGAAGAGUAAUUUUUGAGUCAACCUGCAUAAAAUAUUGGCAAAGGUUAAUCCUUAUAUCUUUGUUCUUGAACCCCUUAGUCCUACAGAAGAUUAUAUAAGGUGCUUGAUCAGAACUGGUUUGCGGUAUUAAAUAUUUUAGGAGAAAAUAAAUCCAUUUAUGUUUUGAUCUUGAACACUUCAAUUUAAUAUUUGAUUAAUGAAAAACAAUCUGAUUUUUUUUGGGACAAAUAGGUGCAACAUAAAAGUUUGCCCCUUCAAUUGAUGAAGAAUAACACAGACAUAUAUGAUAGAAUAACAUCAUCUUAUUUACAUUUGAAGUUUGAAGAUACCCCACUUGUGUCAAAUAAUAAUUAAGAUCUGAUAAACAAUGUUGAUUCAUAAAUUUUGUGAUUUACCAAAUUUUUGAUGGUUUCGUAGGUAGAGCAAAACAUCGAAUUUGAAAAGACUUUGAAGUGCAGAUUUUUAGUUGCCAUAGAAGUAAUUUUAAGUUGCCAUGAAAGAGGCAAAUCAUUAAUUUCAAAAUUAGGUAACCUUAUUUCUUUUCCUGUCACAAUUCAAAGAAAUAAAUUAAUCAAUGGUACACAAAAUAUGUAUCAAAAUAAAUGCAUCAUAUAUUGCUGCUAUUGUGGCUGACUUUAGUAAUUGUUUAAGUUUGUGAUGAGGUAAAAAAUUAUACAUAUCUGUGUUUUAACUUUAACCUUCUCAGUUGAAAGGAUUUUCCUCUUGAUACUAUUGCCAGCUAUAUUCUCGUUAAAAGAUUUUUUGUCGAUUAUGUAGAGAAACUUAUUUCUGUAUCUCUGCCAUGAAAUUUGUGCAAAUAUGUGCAAAACCUUUCUAUUAUAUAACCGAAAAAACUGACAAUUAGUUUCUGCUUGAAAGUUGUGGCAUUGACAAUCAUACAUCUUACUUUACUCGCGUAUGAUUUAAACUUAUAUGAUAGUGGAAAUGACAAGGAAAGAAUUUUUCUGAUCAAACAAAUACCGUUUCUGAUUGGUAUUUGGCUAUAUAUUAAAAAUAAAAAGCAGCCAUCAUUCUCAAAUUUAACGAUGUCUCAUAUAAUCAUAAUUAUUUCAUUUACUACAACAAACUUGAAUGCUCUUAUUUUCCCUUUGCAUCAAGUUUUUAGAAUACUUUUUUAUGGUUUUGUUGCAAUAAAUUUCAUUUCACUCAAUAUAAUGAUAACAAUAUAGUUUUAAAAUAUAUACUUAGAAACUUAAUAGGUGUGCAUGAUUUUCAUUAAUGCUAUAAAUUUGGUAUUGAAUACAAAAGAAACGGAAGAAGAAGAAUUCAUUAAAAUAAAAACAUUAGAAAAAUACAUAAAUUCACACUUUUUUCAUGAAUUAAUUUUUUUCAUUACUGCAACAUCACAUUGUGCUGGUCAUGAUGUUAUGAACAUAAAAUGAUAUUCCUAAAUGUAUAAUGCAUGUAACGAUAUAAUUGAUGUACGUCUUUUGCUGAACAAUGAAAGAAACAUUUAUGCUUUCAUUUAUUUGUGGAUUUAUACCUUAAUUAUUAUUGUUGUUUUAUAAGUACCAAAUACAUAUGAUAUUGUGGAAGUAAAUUGUUUUGUAAUAAUAAAAUUUCAUUUUUA